CAUCAUAUAUGCUCUAUACCCCGAUGCUUUGACGAUGAGCGAUGACGUUCUUCAUUUGUCCAUCGAGCCUCCUUUGACGAUCACAGCCAGUGCAAGAAAGUCACUUGAGAAAGCAAGGAGAGAAGCCCUGCAAUCAUCAUCUGCAAAGGAUGCCGGAUCAGAAGAAGAUGGAUUGAAGGAUAGCAUCAAUUCUUUGCAAAGCACUGUAGAGAAGAUCACAAAGUUGGACACUCUGCGAAGAGCAUGGAUUGACGAGAAUAGAAGUGUGAAGCCGCCAGAAUUACCAUUAUCGAUUCGAUUGCAAAAAUUAUGGUCUGAACGUGGCGACUUUUCUAGAUUUAGAGCUUCAACUUUGCUUAAUGAUGAUAGUAUUGUUGCUAAGGAUGGGAACGCUGACGAUGCAGCUGUCGAAGAGGAUCUCGGUGCAAUUCUAUCCGACCUAGAGGAUGCUGCAGCCGAUGCAGACGGACAAAAGAAGGAUGGAGAGUUAGAUAAGGAAGGUACUCUUAAUACCAAAAAUGGCGAUGUAAUGAGCAUACAAGACAUGAUACAGGUACGCAAGGAUAUGCUAGACAAACUUGGGCUUGCACACAAUUCGUUAUACUUCUCACAUGCUCUUGUGUCGCUUUUGAUCAAUUCUACCAAGCCGGGCAAUGAAGCACCUAGUAUGGCAGGCAGUGGUGGUCCGGGUAGUAUCACAAGAGCAGGAUCAGCAGCAGCUUCAAAUAGACUGGGCGCAGAUCUGCUCGGAGGAGCGGCAUCCUCACGAAGUGUCACAGGAGGAACGCAAGCGAUGGGAAGUUCAACUGCUUUGGAGACUGAACUGGGUAUUGAACCUUAUGUCUUUGGAGCCAGUCGCCUUGAAGCAUUACGAAGAGAUGUGGAGCACAGUAGGGAAGAUGAGGAUGAGGACGAGAAUAUGGACGAAGACGAUGAUGAUGAAGGAGCAGAGAAGGAGAGACUUCGAGUGGAACGUCAGAUUGCAAAAUUAUUAGAUGAAGAGGUGGAAGAACAUGCUAAAGAUCUUAUAGAACGAGUAGAAGGCAAGAAAGAAGGAAUUCGAUCAGCGAUUGAUAUUCUACGGAAAGGCGCAAAGACUAUUCAUCCGGAAAAUGAAGGAGCAGGACGUGAAAAGGUACGUUGGCAAGCUUUGAUGCUAGCACGAAGGUCAGGAUGGAGCUUGACUCCGGAUAAACCUGUUCGAGGAACCGCUGCGAAGAAGCGGGAGCUUUUGCAAGAUUUCGGUCCCAUCAAACGUGAUGAGCCGGCACGAGAUGCUUGGAUAGGCUAUGGUGUACCCGAAUCAUCAAUUCGUUACGCACGCCAAGCAUUGGCGUACCUCUCACACUCUUCAACGGAAGGAGAUCGACCCGCCGAUGCUUUGUUGUUUGCUUCUCGACCACAAAAGAAAGUUAAGCUUGAAGUGAUUAUUGGCGAAGAAGUAUGGACGAGCGAUGGGCCAGCAAAUGGAGAAGAUCAAAGAUCGAGCUUGGAUCAAGUCCUUCGACAAGCGCAGAGUGAAUUUGUUGAUGAAGAGCUGUUCGACUCCAUUGUUGCCGAAUCUAGAAUAUUAUCGAUUGCUGGUCUAUCAAAUGUUUCGAUCGAUAAUGAGGAUCAAGUGACUUUCGACCUGAAUGCAUUCACCAAGUUACGCUUUGUUCGUCAAGAUACCUCAAAGGAAGUGACUGAUGAAACAGGGGAAGGUCAGCAUGCAUCUCCAAUAAUGACGAGCAUGUUGGCAAUUCUUCGUCUUGGUCUUAUUCGAAGAUAUCGUCAAAAAGCAGGUAUUGAAUCCAAACAGAAGGAGGCAACAACCGAAAGCGAGAAUGUCAAAGCACCCUUAUUGCAAUCUCUGCUCGGGCUGAUACAUUAUGCCUCCUUCUCUGCUCAUCUGCAUGUCAAAUUGACACUCCUUACGAAGCUGUAUCCCAAUGUGCAGUUGGACUUGAACAUGUUUGAGAGAAUAGGCGAUGUACGUUCGUGGUUGAUGAUCUUUUUACAACAAUCGGAUAAAAUUGGCAAUCUAGAAGCAAUUAAACAAUUGGGCGGAAGCGGAACGAUUUUCAUCGAUGGGAAACCAUUUGCCUAUCUUUCAUUUGGUUAUCCUUCACAAAUUUCACUCACUCUCCCUUUAAGGAAAUUAAGUGAUGGAUCUGGAACGGGAGUAAAUUUACCUUCCGUGGAUCUCACAUCGCUGGAAGGUAUAUUGACCAAAGAGUUGGUAAGGUUGCAAGGAAGCAAAGAGUCCCUAUAAAGACAACGUAUGUAUCACUAGUUUGAGGAGAAUGGAAAAUAUGAGAUGAAAUUCUUUCUUACGGACAAUAAACUAUUCAGAGAGAUUUGAAUACAAUUGGGUCGAGAGUACCCUGUAUUUCGAUACAUUGUCUCAGGUAGCACCGGCACAUUUCAUAUCCACUCCAUCUUCUACUACACCAAAGUUUGCAUCACCGUCUUGUGAAUGAUUGGAGGAAUAAAUGAACCUUCCACAACCGCCGGCAGCCUUGUUAUCGUUUACCAUUUGAAUAAAGGAUUUGAUUGCUCCUUUCUCCGCACCACCACCUUCAUUGUUUACAUCUCCUUGUUCUGCUUGUAAACUUUCUGUUUCAUAUUGAAUAUCAGU